AUGGAGUAGAGUUCAAUCGAAAGUGAUGAUGUGAGUUAUAGUUAAUAUAUUAAAUCUAGGAGUUCGUUGAAAGACAUAGAAAAAAUUUGAUGAUUCUUCAAUAAAUAAAUGAAAUAUGGAAGGAGUCUGAUCUUUCGAAAGAUGAUGGAAUCUUAUAAAUGUUAAAUGAAUUCAGAGAGGAAAUAUUGGAUGAAUUGGAAGAUGAGUAUGAACCAGAAUAUAAAGCAAUUUAAGUUUAAGAAAAUAUAAAUAUAGAUUUAGUUCCAAUGAAUGAGGUUUAAAAAGCUCUCAUUUAUGAAGAUAAGUAUGAAUUAUACAUUAUUAGGUAUCCAUUUUUAAAAAUAAGAAAAAGAAUCUUAAUAUUAAUAAAGAAGAUAUCUAUGUCAGCAAUGCAUAUUACAAAGCAUCCUAUAUUUGAGUUUUUCACUCUUAUUAUCAUUAUAUUCAAUUCUAUCAUGCUUGCUUUAGAUGAUCCGACUUCAGAUAUUUAGACUUCAUUUUAAGAUCUCAUGGAUAUCAUCUUUUUAGCAGUUUAUACUUUUGAAGCAGUUUUAAAAAUAAUAGCAAUGGGGUUUGUAUUAAAUAAUAAUUCAUAUCUUCGUGAUUUAUGGAAUAUUUUAGAUUUGACAGUUAUUAUAACAGCUUACAUUCCUUAUUUUGUGAGUAAUUCUGGUCUGUAGUUGAGUGCUUUAAGAUCAUUGAGAGUUUUAAGACCAUUGAGAACAAUAUCAUCAGUUAAAUCUUUAAGAAGUAUUAUGAUAACAUUAUUUGCCUCAUUUGCUGAAUUAGGAAAUUCACUGAUUAUUUUAGGAUUUACUUACACUAUUUUUGCAAUAGCUGGAUUGCAACUAUUUUCAGGAUAUGCUAAAUUAAGAUGUUUUGAUGAAUAUGGUAUUAUUUAAAUGUCUGGAUAUGAUACUGAUGAACCAUUUUGUAAUGGAUCUUGUCCUGAUAAUUAUAUAUGUGGUAAAAUGUUAGAUAAUCCAAUUAAUGGACUUUUAUCAUUUGAUAAUUUUGGAUUAGCAUUUUUAUAAGUAUUUAUAAUCACAACACUUGAAGGAUGGACCACUAUAAUGUCUACUAUUAUGAUAACAUUUUCAUAAUUCUCAGUCUUUUAUUUUUUAUUAUGUGUAAUUAUUGGAGCAUUUUUUCUUGUUAAUUUAACAUUGGCUAUCAUUAAAAUUAAUUUUUCUAAAGCAGAAUCAUAGGAAACUAUCAAACCUGAAGAUGUUAGUUAUAAUCUAAAGUAAAUGAAACGAUUGGGAAUAUAUAAAAUUAAUCGAGAAUCUCAUUCUAUUAGUAUUACACGAAAGCAUACUAUGCGUUUGAAUAAAUUAAGAUAAUCAGUUAAUAAUAAUAAUAAUAAUAAUAAUUUAAAUAAUAAUAAUAAAUAAAUAGAUGAACCAAAAAGAAGUUCAAUUAAAGUUAAUUUUUAACCUUUAAAUAUUAAAGAUUUUAGUAAACCUCAUUAAGUGAAGUAUAAUAAUAAUAGAAUAUUACUUUAAGGAAUUUAAGGGGUUAGGACAGAAUAAAUUAUUAAUAAUAAUAAAUAAUAAGAACUUAAUAAUCCAUAAUUAAUAAUGAAAACUAGUGUAUCAAAUGUUAAUGCUCCAUAAGUUAGAAAAAUAAGUAAGAUUGGUACAUAAUUUAAAUAAUCUUAAAGAAAAAUGUCGAUUGCUAAUUAAGAUGAAAGUCCAUUAGAUGAAUUAGAUAAUUUAUUGAAAUUUGCUGUUCGUAGAUAAUCAGUAUUAAGAGUUGAUACUAAAAUUAUGGCAUCUCCUAGAAUACCAACACCUUCUAAAGAAACUCCAUAACCACCUAGUAGUAGUUCUAUGUUAGAUGAAUCUCAAUCUCCAGGAAAACCUUAAUAAUCUAAUUAAUUAAACAUUCCAAAAUAAUAAUUUAAUUUUGAAUAGAAAUCUUUUAAUGAAAAUGAUGCUCUUAGUGUUACACUCUCAGAAAUUGAUUCAAUUCCAGAUAGUGAAUUAAAUUAAAGAUUCAAAGAAUUUGAAAUCUCAUUUUAAAUUGAAAAAACUGACGAUAAAACAGUUAAUGAAACUCAAGAUAGAAAACCUCCUUAACAUAUUCAUUAAAAAAGAAGAAAACAAGAUAUCCCAUUAAUUUAUGAAUUAAGCAAAGAAGAUGAAAAAUUAAAAAUUAGAUUAUUUUAAGCUAAAUUAGUUCCAAGAGUAGUAUAUAAAGAAUUCAUCUCAGAAUCUAGUAAAGAUAUUCUUGUAAGUUUAGAAAUCAAAAAAUAAAAAAAAGAUUAAGAAUUAAGAAGACUUAGAAUCUAAAAUAUGAAAUUUAUUAUGAAAUAUCAAUUUCAAAAUAAUACUACCAUUCUAAAAUUAUCUAAAAAUUAAUAAUAAUAAUCAUCUAAAAGUUCACUUAAUUCAAAUGAUUAAAAAAUUAAAGAAACAUCUAAAACUAGAAAAAUCAUUCCUUUAUCUGAAAUACCAUCAGUAUAAGAGAUUAUAACUCCAAAAUUAACCCUUAGAAAAUAAUAAAAACGUAAAACUAUUGUACAUAAGGCUAUAACUUAUGAAUAAUAUCAAUAAGGUUUUCAUAAUAAUUAAGAAAUCGAUUAAAAUUUUGCUGAUACCUUAGAUUAAGUAAAAACUUAAUAAAUUACAUUUAAAACUCCUAAUGAAUAAUACUUUUAUGAUUAAGUUGGAUUUUAAUCAUAUCAUUAAUUUAAAAGUGAUGAUAUUAAUAUAAACAAUGGAAUUCUUUGUGGAUAAGCUUCUAUUGAAGAUGUCAUCAUUAUUAGAAGUAGCUUAAUAAAGCGUUUUAAUUUAAUUUUAUAAGGAAUGAAUUUCAAGAAAUCAGAUUAUAUGAUUUACAUGACUAAAGACAUAAUUAAAAUGUUAUAAUUUAAAUUAUUCUUAAUUGUUGAUUCAAGGUAGUUUAAUAUUUUCUUAAAUCUAGCAGUAUUUAUGAAUACUGUAAUUUUAUGUUUGGAUGGUUUAGUGAAUAACUAAGAAGAUUUGAAUAGUUUUAAUCUUGCAUUUACAAUUCUAUUCACAAUUGAAAUGGGAUUUAAAAUGAUUGGAUAUGGUCUAAUCCAAUAUAUAAGAGACCCAAUGAACAUUUUUGAUUCACUUAUAGUAGCACUUAGUUUAGUUGAUAUAUUUUUUUUAUCUGGAAAUUCAGUCUUCAAAUCAGUUAGAAUAUUUAGAGCCUUAAGAGUUUUGAGAAUAACAAAAUUAAUGAGGUAUAACUAUUUUAUUUAUAGAUUAGAUCUCUCAAAUUCAUGAACUUUUUGGUUUAAGUUUUGAGUAAUGCCUUCUAAUCUUUAAUGUAUAUAUUCCUUUUGUUGAUCCUAUUUAUUUAUAUAUUCACUUUAUUAGGUAUGUCCUUCUUUGGAGGUUAAUUAACUUCCACACCUAGUAGAUAAAGUUAUGACACAUUUUAUGAAUCUUUUCUGGUUGUAUUUUAAGUAUUGACUCUUGAGAAUUGGAAUAGCAUUCUUUAUGAUUUACUCUAAUAACCAGUAUCAUGGAUUAUAACUAUGAUUUAUUUAAUAGCAUGGAUCUUUAUUGGAAGUUAUGUGUUGUUGAAUUUAUUUUUAGCAAGUUUGCUGGAUCAAUUUGAAGCAGAAUAUUUAAGAGAACAUAAUUUAGAAAAUAAGGAUUAGGAAGAUUAGAUAUAACAAAAAUAGAUAUAAUAGACAUAAAGCAUAAAUUAAACUGUUGUUAAUGUAUCAGUUAAUUAAACAUUAAAUCCAAUUUUAGCAAAGUAGUUGGUAACUAGAUAAGAAUCAUUAAAUAAAUUUAUUUAUUUUUCAGAAGUAGGCUUGUGCUUUUAUUCUUUAUAUAUAUUUAGCUAAAAUAAUCCAAUAAGAAGAUUGUGUUAUAAAGUGGUUAAAAAUAGUUUAUUUGAUUAAACCAUACUUUUUGCAAUAUUUUUAAGUUCAUUGAAAUUAGUUAUUGAUACAUAUGUGAGUAAUUUUUUGGAUUGGGCAGAUUGGUUUUUUGCAAUAUUCUUUGGAAUAGAAUUUUUAUUAAAAAUAAUAGCAUAUGGAUUUGUAAUGGAAGAAAGUGGUUAUUUGAGAGAGAGUUGGAAUAUCCUUGAUUUCAUAAUAGUAGUUUGUUCUUUUAUAGAUAUAUCAGUAUCAUCAAUAGAUUUAAGUUUUGUAAAGAUAUUAAGAUUAUUACGUACAUUACGUCCUUUAAGAGUAAUAUCUUAAAAUAAAUCAAUGAAAUUAUUAGUAACAACCUUAAUAAAUUCCAUAUCAGGUAUUGUGAAUGUAGGAGUGGUUGUAAUAUUAGUAUUUUUGAUGUUUGCAAUAUUAGGAGUUAAUUUAGAAAAAGGGAAAAUGAAUUAUUGUGAUGAAGGUAAUGAUGUAGAAUCAUAUUUACAUAAAUAAUAAUGUAUUGAAAAAGGGUAUGAAUGGAAAAAUAGAGAUAUGAAUUUUGAUAAUGUAUUUUAAGCAAUGUUGACACUCUUUAUAAUAUCAACUUAAGAAGGUUGGCCAACAUAAAUGUAUUGGUUUGUUGAUGCUGAUGAAAGUGGACCUAUUUUUAAUAAUUAAAUGUGGUUUACUAGUUAUUUUUUGAUAUUUUUAUUGAUAGGAUCAAUCCUUUUAAUGAAUAUGUUUGUUGGUGUUAUUUUAGUAAAUUACAAAUUGGCAGAAGAUGAUAUGAAAGAUAAAAAUGUAUCUAGAGAUUAAGAAGAUUGGAUAAGUAUAUAAAAACUAAUUAUUGAUUCUAAUCCUAAUUUUGCUUUGUAUUAUCCACCAAAAAACUGUUUUAGAGCAUUUAUUUUCAAGGUUAUUUCAAACAGAUUAUUUGAUCUCUUCAUUAUGUUUUGUAUCAUUUUAAAUAUUGCAGCGAUGGCAUCAAAUUAUGAAGGUAAUCUUGAUCUAAUUAAAUAGGAUCUAGUGUCUAUUAUUAAUACAUUUUAGAAACUCUAAAUUUAGUUUUAAGCAUAGUUUUUAUAUUUGAAUCUCUUUUAAAAAUAAUUGGAUUUGGACCAAGAGGAUAUUUCAGAAAUAAUUGGAAUUAAUUUGAUUUCUUUGUCGUUCUUUCAUCAAUUUUAGAUAUGAUUUUGAGUUUUACUGAUAAUAAGAAUAAUCCAAUUUUAACAGCAGGACCUUAAUUAAUUAGAGUGUUUAGAGUAUUGAGGGUUACCAGAUUAUUUCGAUUAGUCAAAUCAUUACAUAGUCUUAAAAAGUUAAUUGAUACAGCCUUAUUUUCAUUGCCUGCAUUGUUCAAUGUAUCUGCUUUAAUGUUUUUACUUUAUUUUAUUUUUUCUGUUUUAGGAGUGUUCCUAUUUAGUAAUCUCAGGUAUUAUUAUAUUAUUUAUUUUUUAGUGAUGGUUACAUUAUUAAUAGUGAAAAUAAUUUUAACGAUUUUCAUCAUGCUUUAAUUCUACUUUUUAGAUGUACAACUGGUGAAGAUUGGUAUUUAUUGAUGUAUGAUAUAAUGAAUAAAGUCAAUUAUUAUUAUUGUGCUUAUUUCAUUAUAUUUGUAGUAAUAAUGUAAAGAAUUAUGCUCAAUUUAUUUGUACUGAUUAUUUUAGAUCAAUAUGAAAGAUUUUAUUUUAAUUCUGAUAAUCCUUUAUAGAGAUUUCAAGAAUUCGAAGAUGAUUUUGUUGAUGGAUGGGCUCCAUUAACUUCUGAAACUAAGGGUUAAUAAAUUCAUAAAGAUUUACUUGUUUAAUUAAUGUUAUCUAUCAAAGCUCCAAUGGGUUAUGAUUUAAAGGAGAAAAUAAAGACAGCUGUAAAUGAUUGGAAAACUUAUAAUUCUGAUGCUGAUAAAUCAACUUAGAAUUUAGAAAAAAUAAAAGUUAUGGUUACAACUGAAGCUAAAAAAACUGUUGCUAAAACUAUAAUGAAUAUGAGAAUAGAAUCUAAUGAAAAUUAGAUGUUAGAAUAUCAUUAUGUUUUAUUUACAUUUAUGAAGAAUUUCUAAACUGAUUUAUUUAAAGAAGUAACCUAGAUAGGGUUAAAUAAAUUGAUUUAAAAAGAAGAAUAGACAUUAAAUAAAAUAAAAAAAAACAGACACAGUUCAUAGGAAGUAAAUCCUUGUGUAGAAUUAUUGUUUCAUAUAAUGUGUUUUAAAGCAUAUAAACGAUAUGCUAUAAAAUUGAAAGAACGAAUGAAUAGAUAAUAGAAUGAAUUCAGUCAAAAGAGUUCAGAUUCUUCAUAUCUCCAUAAAAAUUCAGAUAUUGUAUAGAGAGAUAGUAUAAGUUAAUCAUUAGAAUCAAUUCAAGAAUCAAAAUAACAAUUCUGUUUACCUCCAGAUUUAACAGUUUAUUAGAGUGAUGUGAAUAUUGCUAUAAAAGAUAAUAGUAAUAGUCAAAAUACAAAAAAUAGAGGAUCAGUAUAAUAAUUGGUAGAAUAGAAAUUAGAGAAUAUUAGUGAAUUCAAUAGUGAAUAAAGCAUUAGCUUUAAUAAAUUAAAUGAUGUAUCGAAUUGA